GAGCGAGUGAAGGAGCGAGAGAAGGAACGAGUGAAGGAACGAGUGAAGGAGCGAGUGAAGGAGCGAGUGAAGGAGCGAGAGAAGGAACGAGUGAAGGAACGAGUGAAGGAACGAGUGAAGGAGCGAGUGAAGGAGCGAGUGAAGGAGCGAGUGAAGGAACGAGUGAAGGAGCGAGUGAAGGAACGAGUGAAGGAGCGAGAGAAGGAACGAGUGAAGGAGCGAGUGAAGGAACGAGUGAAGGAGCGAGAGAAGGAACGAGUGAAGGAGCGAGUGAAGGAGCGAGAGAAGGAACGAGAGAAGGAACGAGUGAAGGAGCGAGUGAAGGAGCGAGAGAAGGAACGAGUGAAGGAACGA